AUGGAGCAGAUGCAACUCACGCCUGAUGCCAACUAUGAAGCACACUCGCGGAGGCUUGCCGCAAUACGUGCGAAGCACAACUUGUUCGAAGAUGCACAACGAGGUGGAAGAAUUCGGCGCCACUUCCUCGAAGCGAUGGAGAUGCUAAAACCUACCAGUGUCCCGAAUCGGAUGAGUCAUCUCUACAAGGACAGCGAGACACAGCUUCUGGCGGAGAUCAUUGCUGACACCCGCGUGAGAACGCAGUGUGGCACUGAAGGCUUCACACCGUGGGUGACUGACGACGAAAGCGGGGUGAAACAUCGCUACGCGUUGCUGGACGAAGGUGAAAUGAGGGAUGGAAGCAGCAGAAUUCGCGGCGCGACAGAAGUCAGAGAAUUGCUUGCCGAGCUCAUCUCCAGGUGGCCGGGUAAUGAGGAGCGGGUGCCGUCUGCACCAACCUCUGGCACCGGGGGGCCUGGAUCAGGGUGGCCUUCUGUUGGGCACUUACUGCCUGAUGAGGAGGAUGAGUGA